AUGGAGCCGAGCUACGUGCUCGUGCCGCCGCAGUACGCUUCCCACACCUCGGUCUCCACCAACUCGUCGACGUCACAUCCCGUCUAUGCCGGUGUUCACGAUACCAUGCGACACGGUCUCAACAACGUGCUUCAUCAGGUAUCUACCCACUCGCACCAUCCGAUUCAGAACAGGCUCGAGUACUGGAAUGCGACGCAGGACAACUUGAAGCUCACCAUGCAGCGAAACAUUCACGGCAUCGGAGCACCAGCACAUACCUUGAUGGAGAGGAAGAUCGUCAGCUACGUACGUAUUGCGGCGAGGCGUUGA